UACCUUCAUCCAUAUUUAUAUUUAUUUUUAAUACUGUUUGAAUUAACCUUGAUUUUUUAAAAAAACUAUGAUGAAACGAAAGUUUUAAAAAAAUUUCAACAAUAAAUAAUAUUACUAACGAUAACAUAUAAAUAAAACAUUUCGAUCAAUGCCAACUUAAAGAAAAAACACUUGUUAAUUUUCUGUCUCCGAGUUGGUACGAUUGCACGCAUCACACGAAAGCAUUACUUUUGAGAGUGCUCAAUUGUGCGAAGCGUUGCUGUAGUUGGAACAUUCAACGUUAGGCAUUAUGCCGCAUAAUGCGCUAUAAUGCUGUAAUUGGAAAGCUACCAAUGUGUCCUGCUUUUGCAGCUCUCUCCUUACAACUGUUAUUUUUUUGUAACGCCUCCCGAUUUCUUAAAAUCGGACCUGGCAACUAGCGGCAACACUGAUCGCAACUUUUGGCUGUUUUUGUUUUGUUUUAAUUAAAUAUUUAAUUAAAUUAUUAAAGCAAGUAGUACCUUGCUGAUUAAAAAGGUAGAUUUAGUUAAAACAUAAAUGUAUACUCACUCGUGCCCAGCCUGAUGCCAGUGACGAUAAAUUUACAUUUUAUUUUAUCUAAAUAACCACCCCCUAUCCAAUUAUAAUUUAGAUUUUAAAAAUAACUUUGUCAUAUCAGCCUCUAAAAUGAGUUCUAUGGAUGAUAUAGAGGAAGAAGCAAAAUUAGCUGCUGAAAAAAUGGUGAUGAAUAUGAUGCAACGACCCGGACAACUUGAGAAAGUAGAGCAGUAUAAAAAACGUAUAACACAUAAAAAAGCUUCAAUUGAAGCUCAGUUAAAGUCUGCAGUUCAAGGGAAAUUGGAUGGAGUCAGUGUUGGCCUCAAACAACUACAGGAAUGUCUUGAUGAUGUGCAGGAAAUAAGUGUCAAAAUGGAUGAAUUAGAAGAACUUUUGAAAGAAGUACCUCCAUUAGUUGCAUCACUACAAGCUGUGAGGGAAGAAGAUUCUCGGCACUCCCAGUAUGUAACUGCAAUGGAUAGCUUGAAGCAUAUAUUUACUGUUCCUGAGAGUGUUGCUAAGACUAAGCAAUGGAUCGGCGAAGGGAAAUUAUUACAUGCCCAUCAGUGCCUGAAUGACUUGGAGAACUCAAGAGAUGAUUUGCUUUACGAAUUACAUAGACUUCCUAAUCAAUCAUCCCAUGAUAAAAUUAUGCUAAAAGCAUACUUUGAAGAUGUUGAAAUGGUUUCAAAUGUACUUGAAAAACAAAUUAAGCUUAUUUUGGCUAGAACACUGAAUACAGUUCGCAAGGAACCCACAGUCAUUGUUACGGCUCUAAGAAUAAUUGAAAGGGAAGAAAAAAGAGAUCAAAUGGCAUUGCAGCAAAAGCAGCAAACUGGUUUUUUACCUCCUGGGCGACCUAAGGGCUGGAGGACCAAAGCAUUUGAAGUUCUGGAAUGUGCAGUGGCCCAGCGAAUCGAAGGAACACGUGUCGACGAACGCGAAGAUAACAAGUUAUGGCUGGUCCGUUACUUGGAGUUGACAAGACAGCUCAUCUUAGAAGAUUUAAGAGUUGUCAAAACACUCUGUGUUCCUUGCUUUCCUCCGCACUAUGAUAUAGUCAACAAAUAUGUUAACAUGUAUCAUACAUGUUUGUCUUCAAGCUUACAGGAUGUCGUCCAAACUGGCAUAGAAGGUAACGAAUAUGUCACCCUACUUUCAUGGAUUCUUAAUACCUAUCCUGGGGAUGAGUUAAUGGGCAGCCUGCAGCUAGGUAUAGAUGUUUCAAAACUACCUCCAUUGCUUAGUGAAGAAAUGAUGCAAAAACUACAAGAAGAGUAUUUACAAAAAAUGGAAUCCAAUUAUGUGGAAUGGAUGGAAAAGACGCUCGAAUCGGAGCGCGCCGAGUGGAACGGACAACAGCUGCCUGAGGUGGAACCUCAUUCUAACGCCUACCAUACGCAUGCACCUGUCAUCAUUUUUCAGAUGAUUGACCAAAAUUUACAGGUGACCGAAACAAUAAGUAAAGAAAUAACAUUCAAAGCUCUCCUGCUUAGUAUAGAUCAAGUUACACGCUAUGGAAAUAUGUACAGAGAAGGUGUCAUACAGUUUAAGAACGCACACUUCUCGGACCGGUCGCGUGUCGCGUACUUCACGCACCACAUGAUCACGAUAGUGAACAACAGCGAGCAGAUGGCGCGACUGGCGCAGCAGACGCAGGCACGCCAUUGGCCCGCCGGCCGGCACGACCCGCCCGCCGAGGCCAGGUUCGACAAAAUGCUCGCAACAUUCCAGAAUUUACGCAACGAAGCGGCAAGAUUUUUACUAGAAGAGGCGUUCUUAGACCUGGAAGUUCAUUUUGAUGCUCUGUUCACAUCCAAGUGGCUACCUUCGACGAUUCCUGUCGAUACUAUAUGUAUCACUCUUGAUGACUACUUCCAAGAUUAUAAUCAUUUGAGGGAUAAGAAUUUUGAAUAUGUAAUAAAUGAGGCUCAAAAUUUGGUGUACAAGAAAUACAUAACAGCGAUGUUAUCUAAGAAAGUAUCAUUCAAGACAGUUGAAGAAGCACAACAAGCCGCAACGAAAAUAGUUAAAGAAGCUAAUCAGAUAAGAUCAUUUUUCAAGAAGAUUGCACCUGAAGGUGUGAAUGUGGAUUGGCCAUUUGAAGUGAUAAACAUGUUGGCGGAGGUGUUGCGUUGCCAAGACAUCGAAAUGCUGUCGCUGGACUUGCACGGCGUGGUGGCCAAGUGCCCGGACAUGACGGAGGAGCAGCUGGCGCGGCUGCUUGCGUUGCGGGCGGACGUGCCGCGCGCGCACGUGCGGGACACCGUCGCCAUCGCGCUCGCCGCGCGCCCCGUCUCCCGCGCCUCAUCGCACCCCUCCCUCUUCUCCAAUAUCACUUUCAGCGAUAAACUCCUGUCUCAUUUUGCCUUAUAAACCUUCUAAAGCAUUGCGCGUUUCCCCCGCACUUCUCCCCUUUUUCCAACAUCACUUUAAGCGAUAAACUCCUGUGUCAAUUUUCCUUGUAAACAAUGUUCACCCCUCUUAGCCCUAAAAUUAGUUAAAUGCAAUCAAAAUAUAGGUCAGUAACGAAGGCAGCUCCGGCUUCCCUCGCAGUCUGCCGCCUCGGGCCAUGACCCUCUUGGCCCAAGGGUAAAACGUCAAAAUGGUAAAAUUUAUGGUGAACGCACACUUAUACGAAUUGAACGAAAAGAAUUAUUAAAAACAAUGAUCAGAAUCAGAACGCACUGAUUAGAAUUGACUUUAUUGUUCCCCUUUGAGCUAUUUUACUUCAUAAAGCCCUGUAAUUAAAAAAAUCGUGAAGUUCCAUCACAAUUCACAUGUAAUUAUGCGACAAUCUAUACUUAUAAUAAAUCUGUAGAGAGGUCAAUUCUGUACAUGAAAUAUAUUUUCAAAAUAACUAUCAGGGGAUGAUUAGUGAUCGAUACUGAUGCCAAAAAUGCAAUCAGUAAAAUUUUUGUCUGUCUGUCUGUCUGUCUGUCUGUGUGUAUGUUCCUUAUAGAAACAAAAACUACUCGACAGAUUUUAACGAAACUUGGUACAAUUAUUCUUCAUACUCCUGGGCAGGUUAUAGUAUACUUUUCAUCACGCUACAAUAUAUAAUAGGAGCAGAGUAGUGAAGGGAAAUAUUGGAAAAACGGGAGAAGUUACUCCAUUUUUAAGCUUCCGUCGCGUGUGCAGCUUUAAUGGUUAAAGUUACAUAGAAAUCAUGUAUGACGGAAAUAUUCUACAUAAAAUUGUCUAAAAAAUAUCCCGCAACAGUAUAUGUCUAUCUUUUAUGGUUGGCUCACAAUAACACGUGUAAUUAUAUAAAUAAAGUCAUUGUUUAUAGCAGAAGCCUGAGAACAAAAACUAUAGUUUACACUACAGCUCUACACCGAAGCGAAGCGAGGGCGGGCCACUAGUUUUAAAUAAAUGAAAACUUUUCUGUGUGUGCGAAUUUGUGUGCGAGGCCUGCUCGACUUCGAUUCGUAUAAGUGUGCUUGCAUUUUUAUUGCCCGUCUAUUUUAAAUUAUUAACUUUUAAGAAUACUUUAUUGAUUGCUUGUAAAGAGACCAAUGCCGCUCUCCUGACUUUGUAAUUUCCUUACAUGGUUAUUUUUGCGUCCAGUGUAGAAUUUUACUUGGUGCUUUUCUUGCUGUUAUGUAAUUUUGAAACCUUUUUCUAAAAUCAUUAAAUUGAUUGAUAUUUCUUUUUAUCGAGGUAACAGGUACUGUAAAAAUAAAUCAAAUUCAAUGUCUGCUAUAUUUAAUUUUACUAUCUGUUUAUUUAUUUAUAUUAAGUACCUAUUUAUUUAAAAUUUAAUGGUUAAGAAUAUAAUAAUUAUUUAUUUAUGUACUCUUGUGUACUGAAAAAUAAAUGUAUUACAGUCAGGCCAUUUUAAUAGGUAACAUUUGACGUCUGCCAGUUUUAUCUGCAUAGUGAGGUGACCUGCUUAAAAACAUUGGUUAAAGUGAAUGAAUCGAUACGGACUUGAAACAUAUGUGAAUUUUAAAAAUCAUCAGGCGAAUCCCUGUCCCAUUAUUAUUUUUCUUUCGUAAAUUUAAGGAGCAAAAUAAUGUAUUAUUAACAUAGUAUUAUUUAUAUAGACGUAAUUAAAAAAAAAAGUGUUUUUAUUCAGUUGAACUAUCAGAACUGUUAUUAGUAUUGUCAUCUUCAUCACUGCUGUCAGCACUCAGAGAUAUUAUUAAUUCAUUUUCAAUAAUAUUGUCUAUUCACACAUCUCGUUCAAAAUCUUGUAAAAUUAUUUACUUUGUUUUUCCCUACGACUUUUCUCCAGUCUUCCGUAGUGACUUCUUCGCGCGCAGUUUGUAGCAGAGCCAUCAUUUUAGCAGUACUGAAGGGUGGUUCAGUAUUGUUCAAAUAAGCUCGAUGGCGUUAUACUGGCAAUGGUAUGGUGGCAAUCGAAUAACGUCGUGUCCAAGCUCUAGGGCUAGUUCAUCGAUUACAUAGCGGAGCUUAGAUGUCUUAGCUGCUUUUACCAGAUUUAACAACUCAACUUUCAAUAAAGUUGGACUUGUAUCUGUCACCGGAAUGUAAUUCAUUCCGUAAGUUUAUCUAUUUCCUAGUAAAUUGAUCAAUUUUCGAAGGAUAGAAAACGAGAGAUAAAAUGUAUUAUCUUACGGGAACAUUUUCGACAUCUCGCGGUAAAUUGAUAAACUAACUUGAAAUUUCAAGACCUAUCAACGUAAAAUUCUAAGUAGUGUGACCAAUCCCAGAACAGAGUUUAAUUUUACGUCAUUUAAAUUUACAUAAAAUAAUACACAGCUUUCUGAUUGGUCGCCGUUAACGACUUCGGUGCUUGCCGUCAUAGACUUAGGUACGAUCAGACAUGUGCAAAUAUUUUCAUAAACAAGAUGACUGUAUAAGUGCCCAUAAGUGUGCUAAAGUACUGAACUGUACUUCCAGGGCCCAAGCGGUGAUACUUUACACUAGGUUAGGUUAUGUCAGUGUUGUGGCCAAAAC